AUGAAUUCUAGUUCAAACACAAACACAUAUCAAGAUGGCACUCAAUCUCAAGUUCUCAACAAUGAGGAAUUACAACAACAACCUCAACCCCAAACAACCAUCAAGUUUGAUGAAUCACAGAACAAAGAGAUGAAAGAACACCAUGUUCAACACAAUGAAAAAUACUCUCAGAAGCCAUUAACAAGGCAAUCCACUGGUGCAAGCUCCAUGGAUUUCGAUACCAAAUCAGUUAGAAGUCUUAUGAUCCACAAGAUGAACUUGGUUAAGAGAAGAAGAAAGAGCAUAGAUGAAUCUGAAAGAGUCGAGGGCCCCCCCUACCAUAUAAUGGACUUGGAUACAGUUCAGCAACUGCUCAAAUCUGAUUUGGAAGAUGGUUUGCAUGAAUCUGAAAUUGAAGAGAGAAGAUCUCAAUCGAGAUAUAACGAAAUGGAAGGUGAAGGCGGUGUUAGCCCAGUGAAAUUGUUGAUCAAGCAAUUCACCAAUAUUAUGGUGCUUAUUUUACUGAUUGCAAUGAUCGUCUCCUUUGUGUUUAAGGAUUAUAUUGAAGGGGCUGUUAUCGCUGCUAUCAUGCUGCUUAAUGCCUUCGUUGGUUUUAUGCAAGAGUUCAAAGCUGAAAAAACCAUGGAAUCCCUCCGUCAAAUGGCCUCUCCUACCAGUCAGGUUAUCCGCAAUGGCCAUCAAAUGACUAUCCCUACCCGUGAGCUAGUUCCUGGCGAUGUUGUUAUUUUGAAGAGCGGUGAUGUUGUUGGUGCAGAUUGUAGAAUUAUAGAAUCUUUCAACAUGGAUGUCGAUGAAGCUCUUUUAACCGGUGAAUCUAUGCCUGUUAACAAGGUCUCUGAUGUCAUUCAAGGUGAAGAUGUUCCUCUCGGUGAUCGCGUAAAUAUGUGUUACUCAAGUACCGUGCUGACAAAGGGCCGUGGUAAGGCCAUUGUUACAUCAACUGGUAUGCAAACCGAAAUUGGUAAAAUUGCUAAGCGUUUGUUGGACUCGGGUGACAGUACAAAAACUCCUCUUCAAAAGUCUUUGGAUCGCAUGGCUUUGGUAUUGCUCGCUGUUGCUAUUGUUGCAGUUAUCAUUGUAUUCGCUGCUGCCAAAUUCAAUAUCACAAACGAUGUUAUUCUUUACGCCAUUUCUACUUCUAUCUCUGUUAUUCCCGAAGGUCUUGUUGCUGUAGUUACUCUCACCCAAGCUUUUGGUGUUCAUGGCAUGGCAAAGAGUAAGGCUCUUGUGCGUCGUCUCGUUGCUCUCGAGCUUCUUGGUGCUGUUACCAACAUUUGCUCCGAUAAGACUGGUACUCUCACUCAAUCCAAGAUGGUCUUAACUCGUCUCUGGAGACCUAGCACUGGCUUCUACUCUGUUAGUGGUCUUGGUUUUGAUACUGAAGGUGAAGUGACAUCUGAGGCUGACAAUUCUGUUGUAACCAAAGAAAACAUGGAUUAUGGCUUCCAAACUAUGGCCAAUGCUUCUGCUCUCUGUAACAUGAGUGAGAUCCGUAAGGACAAGACAACUGGUGAAUGGUCUGGUAUUGGUGAUCCAACUGAGAUCGCCCUUCAAGUCUUUGCUCACAAGCUUCACAAUGGAAAGCCCUCUUUGGUCAACAAGGAAACCCCUGAUGAGGGCUGGAAAUUGAUCUCUGAGUAUCCCUUUGAUUCUUCCAUUAAGCGUAUGACUGUCCUCUGCCGUGCGCCUGAUGGCUCUCAUGUUGCUUUUUUGAAGGGUGCUACUGAGCGUGUUCUUGAAAGAUGUGUAGGUAUGCAAAUGUCCGAAGCUGGUGAUGUCAAGCUGAUGACUCCCGGUGAACUCCAAGAAGUUAUCCUUCCCAAGGUCGAAUCUCUUGCUCAUGGUGGUCUUCGCGUCUUGUCUUUGGCUACUCGCCGUAUUAAGCAUCAUGGUCCUAUUUCUUCUGAUACCUUUGUCCGUGAAGCUGUUGAACAUGAAAUGAUCUUUUUAGGGCUGGUUGGUAUCUACGAUCCCCCAAGAAAGGAAUCCAAGGAUGCUGUUGAUGAAUGUCAUAAAGCUGGUAUUACUGUUCACAUGUUGACUGGCGACCAUAUUGCCACUGCCACUGCUAUUGCCCGCGAAGUCAAUAUUGUGCCCUCUACCUACGGUCUCACCGAAGAAGAUGAGGAAUUGUAUGAACGUGCCAAGGCUGCUGCCAAACCUCAUAUUGGCGAUGGUAAAGACAAUUUGGUCAUGACAGCUCAACGUUUCGAUAAGAUGACCGAAGAAGAAAUCGAUGCUCUCCCUGAGCUUCCUCUCGUUAUUGCUCGUUGUAGUCCUGAUACCAAGGUGAAGAUGAUUGAAGCCCUUCAUCGUCGUAAGAGAAUUGCUGGUAUGACUGGUGAUGGCGUGAAUGAUAGCCCUUCUCUCAAGGAAUCUGAUAUUGGUAUUGCUAUGGGUCAAAAUGGUUCUGAUGUAGCUAAGCAAGCUGCUGACAUUGUUCUCGUCGAUGAUAACUUUGCUACCAUUGUGAAGGCUGUUGAAGAAGGUCGUCGUGUCUUUGGUAACAUUGCUCGUUUCGUUGUUCACAUGGUUUCUGGUAAUGUUGCUGAGCUGACUCCUCUGCUUUUGGGUUUGGUCUUUAUUGAUCAAUCUGGUGGCUCUGUCUUCCCCAUGGCACCUAUCCAAAUUUUGUUCAACAACAUCUUGACUAGUUCUCCUCCUGCCAUGAGUCUGGGUCUUGAGCCUGUUCACAAGGACCAAAUGCUUCAACCUCCUCGCUCUGAAAAAGAUGGGCUUUUUAGCAGGUCUAAUUUAGUUGACAUCAUCUUUUACGGUUUCUCCAUUGGUGUCAUUUGUUUGGCCAAUUUCAUUAUCGUGCUCUAUUGUUAUGGUACUGGCAAUCUUGGUGUAGAUUGUAACGGCCACUAUAACGAGACUUGUGAUGAAGUCUUCCGUGCCCGCGGUGCUCUCUUUGCUACACUGACUGUCAUUGUCUUGCUCCAUGGUUUUACCUGUCGUGAUCUUCGUAACUCUACCUGGUCUAUCUCUGCUUUAAGAGGUCCCCAGAACAAGUAUCUUUUUUGGUCCACUUUGUUCGGUAUCAUCUUGCUGAUCAUUGCACUCUACGUUCCCGUUUUGAAUACUGAAGUCUUUAGACAUAAGCCCAUCUCCUGGGAGUGGGGAAUGACAGUUGCUUCUGUCUUUUUGUACAUUGCUGUCGCUGAAACUUACAAAUGGGUCAAGAGAAGGUUCUUUUAA